AGAGCCCUCUACAGAGACGUCAUGCAGGAGAAUUAUGAAACUGUGACCUCGCUGGGACUCCCCAUUCCCAAACCUGCCCUGAUUGUCCAGCUGGAAGCAGCAGAAGAGCCAUGGGUCCCGGAUCUCCAGGACUCCAAGGAAAGGAAGAUCCCAAGAGGUACCUGCACAGCAGGUGACGAGACAAUGAGUGAGAACGAGGAUGGGAAUCCACAGCAGGAAGGUCCUGACCAAGUGGAACUGCAGAGGAGGUUUUUGAGAAGAGCCGAAGGGAAUUUUUCCCAGUGCUUGGAACAGAGAAAAGCCUGGAGUCAUCGGCACAGGUCAGAGAGGAAGUUGGGAAACCGCCAAAGGAAGAAAGUGAAUGAAGUAAUUGAAUGUGGGGGAGGAGCCAAGAAUCCCCAGGAAACUACAGCUCAGCAGACAAAUCCCAAGGAAAAGAAACCAUAUAAAUGCUUGGAAUGUGGGAAGACCUUCAGUCGGCGCUCAGAUCUUAUUAAACAUGGUAGAAUCCACUCUGGAGAGAGACCCUUUAAAUGUUUGGACUGUGGGAAAAGCUUCAACCAGAGUUCAAAUCUUACUACCCAUCAGAGAGUGCACAUAGGAGAGAGACCCUAUAAAUGUCUUGAGUGUGGGAAAAGUUUCAGUGUACUCUCAACCCUUAUUAUACAUCAGAGAACUCAUACAGGAGAGAAACCUUAUGAAUGUUUGGACUGUGGGAAAAGCUUCUAUCGGAGCUCAAAUCUUACUACCCAUCAAAGAGUGCACACAGGAGAGGGACCAUAUAAAUGUCUUGAGUGUGGGAAAAGCUUCAGUGCACCAUCAGUUCUCCUUAUACACCAGAGAACCCACACGGGAGAGAAACCUUAUAAAUGCUUGGAGUGUGGGAAAAGCUUCAGUCGCCGCUCAGGCCUUCUUAGCCAUGAGAGAAUCCAUACAGGGGAGAGACCGUAUAAAUGCUUGGAGUGUGGGAAAAGCUUCAGUCGCCGCUCAGACCUCGGUAACCAUGGGAGAAUCCAUACAGGGGAGAGACCAUAUAAAUGCUUGGAGUGUGGGAAAAGCUUCAGUCAGAGCUCAGGCCUUAUUAACCAUAGCAGAAUCCACACAGGAGAGAGACCCUAUACAUGCUUGGACUGUGGGAAAAGCUUUUAUGGGAGCUCAAAUCUUACUGCCCAUCAGAUAGUGCACAUGGGAGAGGGACCGUAUAAAUGUCUUGAGUGUGGGAAAAGCUUCAGUGCACAAUCAGUUCUCCUUAUACACCAGAGAACCCACACGGGAGAGAAACCUUAUAAAUGCUUGGAGUGUGGGAAAAGCUUCAGUCAGAGCUCAGGCCUUGUUAGCCAUGAGAGAAUACAUACAGGGGAGAGACCGUAUAAAUGCUUGGAGUGUGGGAAAAGCUUCAGUCACCGCUCAGGCCUCGGUAACCAUGGGAGAAUCCACACAGGAGAGAGACCAUAUAAAUGCUUGGAGUGUGGGAAAAGCUUCAGUCGCCGCUCAGACCUUAGUAACCAUGGGAGAAUCCACACAGGAGAGAAACCCUAUAAAUGUUUGAUCUGUGGGAAAAGUUUCAAUCGGAGCUCAAAUCUUCAUACGCAUUGGAGAGUGCACACAGGAAAGAGUAGGAAAAGUUUCAGUGAGAGCUCAAAGCAUCAGGAGAGAAAUCAUGUAAGUGCCUCAGCUGUGGGGUAAGUUUCAUUCGAAGGACAAACCUUGCUUCAUAUCAGACAAUUCACAUGAGAGAAACCCUGUAAGUGCUUGGAUGAUAGGAAAAGCUUCAAUAACUGCAGGAAAAAAGUCAGUCUGAGCUCACGCAUUAUUUCACAUGUGAUAACUCACAGAAUAAAGGCCUUGAAAGUGGCAGAAGCUUCA